CGAGAGCGUCAUUUUCAGCAGCAGCAGAAGGCAUUGGAAGACAGGAACAGUAGCUGACAGAAGUGCUAGCAAAAUAGAGAGAUAAUUACAGUUUUCAAAUUGGAGUCUGUUGGACCUUGCACCAUGUGUUCAUAUUACAAGCAUUUUUGGAAAAUGCUCUGCAUUCAAGUCUCACCAUGAAGCAUGAACUACCCAGCCAACACUGUGUAAUGAAGCAACAGUGACAACAGUACAAAACAAAACUCCUGAACAUUAUUCAAACAUAACAGUUUCAGCAAAAUGGAAAACAAUAGCAAAUUUGACAGCCCUACUAACAUCUCUUUGGCUAACCAUGACAUCGUUUUUAGCAUGAUUGAGUACAAAGCCAUCUCUGUUUUCCUAGUUUUAUUUAUAUGUGGCAUAGGAAUAAUUGGAAACAUCAUGGUGGUUCUGGUUGUGUUCACUACUCGGGAUAUGAGAACCCCAACAAACUGUUAUUUAGUUAGCCUGGCAGUAGCUGAUCUAAUGGUCUUGGUAGCUGCUGGAUUGCCAAAUGUGUCAGACAGUUUGGCAGGCACAUGGAUUUAUGGGCACGCUGGCUGCCUGGGAAUAACCUAUUUCCAGUAUCUGGGGAUUAAUGCCUCAUCAUGUUCUAUCACAGCAUUCACUGUGGAGAGAUACAUUGCAAUUUGCCAUCCUAUGAGAGCACAAACUGUCUGCACUGUAUCCCGGGCUAAACGUAUUAUUGCCAUUGUUUGGAUCUUUACUUCAAUUUACUGUAUGUUUUGGUUCUUUCUGGUGGAUAUCCAUGUGAACAAAAGUCAAAAAGUUGAGUGUGGCUACAAGGUCUCCAGAAACCUCUACUUGCCGAUCUAUUUAGCUGACUUUGCAAUAUUCUACGUCACACCACUGCUUGUAGCCACCAUCCUUUAUGGUCUUAUUGGCAGAAUUUUGUUUCUCAGUCCCAUUCCCCAGCAUCCUGAGAGCACAACUGAGCGCUGGAGAGAGAAAAGUUCCAAAGAAAAAAGUGAAUCAGACACAGAAGGCAACAAGCCAAGUAAUCGGCUCAAAACAAAGGGGGCUCUGAGCUCCAGAAAACAGGUAACAAAAAUGUUGGCAGUUGUGGUUGUUUUGUUUGCACUUCUCUGGAUGCCCUACCGAACCUUAGUUUUGGUCAAUUCCUUUAUGGACAAACCUUACCUAGAUCCUUGGUUCCUUCUUUUUUGCCGCAUUUGUGUCUAUGCUAACAGUGCCAUCAACCCUGUCAUCUACAAUCUUAUGUCUCAGAAGUUCCGUACUGCCUUCAAGAGACUGUGUAAGUGUGGGCAUGAGGAGACGCAAAGAAGAAGCAUAUACAUGACAACUACAAGCUACAGUAUGGUGAAAGAUGGUGUCAUUACUGGUGGGGAAAAGCAGGACAAGCCAACCGUAGAGAAAACAAAUAUAAUUUCCAAACAGACCAGUAAAGCAGGUCUUGAAGGUGAUCUCUACUACAGUGUGGUUUAACUUGUCAAGUCUAUGCCUUCAUGAAUAUCAGUGUACCUGGAAAAUAAUCUGUAUUCCAAGUGAAAACUUUUAUUAAUGUCAGAAAAACUAUUUAAAUGUUUGCCCAAUGAAUUUUAAAAAAGGGAAAUUGUUGGUUCAAGGUAUAGGUCAUAAAUGGGGCUAUAUACAGAGCCCAAGAAAUUAAAUAUAUACAGAGCUUUGAUACUAUCACUGACCUAAACUCCCUUAUACUUAAGAUAGCUAAUUUAGGUAAGGCACGUAAUGCUUGUUACCUACAGUUCACCAACUUAGCCACAGACAACAACCAUCUAAUUAAUUUGUAAACAACCAAAUUAGUCAAAGGAACCAGUUUAAGAAACUACUGCACUUUCUGCCAAGAAGCUUUCUGUUACCCUUAGUAAAGAGCAGAGACUUGUACAAGUGCAUCAGGCAUGGAGUUGUUACAGCAAAGUAACAUUUAUUCAUCAAAUUACAAAAAUAUGCAUAUUUUGUAAUACCAAUUAUAGGAGAGGUCAAGAUGAGUCAGCAUAACAGGUCAAGGAGAUGAUGUAGACCAUACAGUCAAAUGUUUUGAUAGUUUAUGUUAUGGGGGAAGUAGCUGGAACUGACCUCACUCUUAGCAUUCCUGUUUGGAAUCUACACUGUUUUCUUGGGUUGAUCAUGCUAGGUGAGCCCAAAGUGGAAAUACUGAUGAUAUCAGUUGAUGUAGCGUCUGGAAACGCAGUAGUACGGUAACUGCUACAACAAUUAUUAUCUAACUCUGCCAUAAGCUAAAGGAGACAUUUACAUUGCCAUGGUGAGUAGCUUGAACUGAAAAAGGUCAAAAAUAUCUUCUUUACAGGUGACAUAACAAUACAAGACAAGAAGAUUAUUUUACUGAAAAAAAAAGAUAAAGAAACCUCUUUAUAUUGUAUAUGUUGCACAGUUGUUCAGGUUUGCUAGUGGUUAUGCAUAUAUAUUUACAUUCAGCUAGAUCUCUUUUCAACUUCAUACCAGCAUUUAAAAUGUUUUAUACUUCUCCUGUAUGUUACGUGUUCCUUAUACCUCAAUGAAGGGUUACACUUAAUCUAUAGGCGUAAGUAUUGUGUUAUAAAACAAAUGACAAAAAAGCUCCAGUAAAACCAAAGUUGUUUCUGGGUGGCAUCAGGUUCCAAUACCUUGAUUCAAAUUUAGAUCUGUAUCAGCAGUGUCAUUUUAUUUUUCAUUUCACCUAGUUCCAAGGCAGAUAAUCUCUCAUGUACAUCUUCUAAGCAAGCAUAAACGUAUCUGCCCCUUAUUAAUUGACACAGUGAUCGCUUGCUUCAUAUAUAUAUAAAAAGAAGUUAUGUACAUGGCGUCCCUAUCAUUUAGCUUAGCUGGAUCAACAUGAAAAAGUAAACCUUGUAUAUAAACUGGAACAACUUUUUAAAAACCUAUUUAAACCAUAUGAUUGUUUCGAGUAUAGCCUCAGGUGUUCUUGUGCUAUCUUGAAGCUCAGCAAGAAACUCCUAUCAAGUUCAGGAUAAAAAUAUAUGUAUUGCCUUGAGCAAUGUGGUAUACAUCUCUGUACUUCACUUCUUUGGAACAGCAGGGGUUAGGGUUUUGGUGCACAUGAGUGAAUGCCAAUCCAGGAAUAUGUAUGACUUGGAGAGAGAGGUUACCAUUUAGAGGUGGCCAGAACAUCAUUUUUGUAGUGCUUGUCUUAAUGAAAUAGUUCAGCAGCCCUAUGUAUAGAGACAUACACAAAUAAAAUAGCUCUUGAUGAGUUUUUAUUCCAUUUUAAUGUAGUGCCAGUAGUGACAGAACAAACCUCUGUGUUUGUACUUCUCUACAGCCAUGAAAGCAUUGCCACCAAGUAGGAUAAGCAAGGUUUGCAGAGAAAUUUGUAUUUUGAAAAAUACCUGACAAGGCCUGUAGCAAAUGUUGCAUUUUAAUUAAAUAACCCAAGUAGAGUCUCAACUGCCAGCAAAAAUAAGAUUACACAUUAUUGCGAGUUCUGCCAGUACACAGCGUAUGUCUUAAAUUGUGUUGCUGAAAAAUUUGUAAUUUUGCUCUAAAAUAACACUACCUUGAAAUUGGUCUGCAAUAUGCAUUUAAAGUUCACAAUGUAACAAAAUUCCUAAUGAGCAUUAUUACAUUAUUAAAUGCCAUUUUUUAUUCCUUCAGCUAAUUUUUAUUCCAUUUACAUCUUCUAUUUCAUAAUGCUCUUAUCUGUUCUUGUUAAAGGAGAAGGAAAGUCGUUUCACACUUGCAGGUAACAAAUGUUAGGCACCCCCAAGUGAAUGUA